AAGAAAAAAAAAGAGGCCAAGCAGAUUUUAUGUAAAGCAUCUGCCGGUUGGACACAAAAUGUGAGCGCACGGUGCCAUCCUCGCCAACCUAUCAGCGGGAAGUAAACGUGCCACCUAUGAAGUCAGCAGUCCCCAACCCCCACCCUCAACACAUGUUCAGCAUCCUGUGGGCAAAGGCAGAGCACUGAGACACAGCUGAGAAUUAGGGAGAGAGAGAGAGAGAGGGAGCAGCGAAGUGGAAAUAUGGGUGAGCAUCAGAGAAAGACAGAAAUAGAGCGAUAAAGCCGUGAAUUGGGCAGAGGCAGAGAGAGGAGGCGGAGAAACGCAGUCUUUCACUGGGAGGGGGUGAUGCUUUGCGCAGACGUUGUUGUUUUCUCGUAGCAGAAAGCUCCAGUCGUGCGUGUGGAUGUGAGAACCUCGUGGAUUUGCCGCCGUCUUGAGCCUCAGCGGAAUUCACUGCAUCUGGAUCUGAAACAGCUGCGGACGGAGGAUGCGACCGUGGCUGGAUGCUGGGAUCCAUGUGGGCCUGUGACAUCUGCACCGUCCUCCGCGGCUACCUACCUCCCCACAAGGAUGGCUCCAGCGGCACUGACCCAGAUUGUGGAGCCCUGGCUCGUCGCUGCGCGCUGCCCCUGAAUGUGAUGCGGAUGAAGCAUGCUCCACACCUCGGCGCAGUCCGCUCAGCCUGCCGCCUCUGCUGACAUCCGCCUCCGUGGGUCCACACAGAAACCGGCAGGCUACGCCACCGAGGCUGAACCACAAUCAUAACAAUAAUAAUAACAAUCCCCAGCUGGAGAACAAACAACAUCUGGGCGUGGAGAGAAGGGAGAGGGCGACGUCUCAGCUGGGCGGGCGGCAGAUGGUGACACUGCAGCAGCACUUCUCCAGCAUGGAGGAGACGGUGCGAACGCUACUACAGAACCAGGACUCACUGGAAGGGCCCAAGGUGGACCCGCUGGACCUCAUGAAAGCAUACAAGGACAAACUCCUGGAGGAAAUGUGGAAGCAGCAGGACAGUCUGGAGGGUCCCACGGCCACAGCGGCAGAGACGCCUGCCUCGCCGGACGCCGGCGGAGGGUCGGAGGAGAAUUUGAAGGACAGCAAUCCCCUCCUCGAGCGACUCAGAGCCCUGGAGGCGGAGAACUCUGCUCUGUCAAUGGAAAAUGACAAUCAGAGGAAGCAGUAUGAACGCUGCUUGGAUGAGGUGGCUAACCAGGUGGUCCAGGCCCUCCUCACACAGAAGGACUUGAAAGAGGAGUGCGUGAAGCUGCGGACCCGUGUGUUUGACUUGGAGCAGCAAAACCGCAUACUGAGUGUACUCUUUCAACAACGUGUCAAAAUGUCGGCGCUUCCCGUCUCCCAGGAGGUCCAAAGAAAUGGAAAAGCAGGCAUUCCUGCAGGAAGGUGGCCCAGUCUGCUGAGUCUAACAUGCCCACGCAGUAGUGGUAGUGGCAGUGGUAGUGAACUGUCACUAUCCAGUGCUUGUAGUGAGUACUCCAGUGGCUCCCACACUUGGGCAGAGGGACGUGGAUCCUCCAAGCAGUGUGCUACAAGCCGGGACAAAAGGAUGAGUGCCUGUUCAGUAUCCAGCAAUCAUUCUGGACCCACUGAGCAGACAGACCUGGGAUGGAAGGAAGGCCACAUUCUGAAAGGACUCAAGCGUCUCCAAAUGUGCAGCUCCAAAGAGGCGUCUUCACUUGCUUCUGUACCUCACUGCAAAGACUGCAUGACCUCCAACGAGGGCAUAUACUCAUUUGGUGUCAAGUGUGGCCAACAAGGGGUCACAGCCAAGCAAGUACCCUCUACAAUUAAACCUUUCAAGGGCAGUGCAGGUAUUGCUGCCCUAGACUCUGAUGAUGCAGAUGACGAUUCAUCGAAAUUACAAAGCAUGGAAUCCAGUGACCAACCAACUAAAGAGCUUGUUUGCCUGGAGAAACUGGAAGUCACACGAGAUGAUGACAACAAUUUUCAAGAGGAACCCGUGAAUCUCACAGAGAAUUCUGGUCAUUUUCCUUCACCCGUCACAGACAACUUCUUAUUUUUGGAGGGCCCCACAGUAAAACCUGGUGUGAGCCCAACAGACAGCCUUACACAUCUGGAAGAGAGAAACAAAGACUCACUAGAAAAACAGAAGCUUUCAGGCUUGAAGUUAAGUGACAGAAACAACAACCAGGAAAGAUCGACUGACCGCAAAUCCAGACUUGAUCACGUCAGAAGACAACAGGGUAGACUUGCAGUCAAGCAAGUUGCAGCAGGGACAAGUGAUGUGAUCUCUUCUGUUCAACAUUCUGCAACAGUAGCUCUGAGCUGUGUGAGUGUAGCCAGACAGCGCAGUUCUUCAAUGGAGGUUCCUCACUGCAGAGACCAGGCAAGUCAAGCUGGCUGCGAAAGCCAGAACUACACCAUCUCAGAAUUUCCGCAACGGAAACCGAAACCUCAGCCAUGUGACUCAGCAAGAAAGGCUUUUAUUUUGCGGAGUAAGAGUGCUGAUGGAGGACAAGAACAACAUAAGCAUACACAUUCUCCUCUCCACCAAAAGCUUAUUAAGGGUCACAGGUCCAAAGGACAGUCAAACUCUCCUGGGCACAGUGUUCCUAGCAAAACUACCAGCCUCAGUAAGACACAAGGCUCAAGCAAGUCUAAAGUUGAGAUAGAUGAGGACAUUGCAGUAUCAGCAAGUUCCAAGUCUCUCAAGAGCGUACAACAGCGAUCUCCCCUUGCUUCCCCUGUGAAGCAUUCGAAGACAUUUAAACCUCCAGGGAUCAAUGAAUGCUCAAAGAGCCCAACAAAACCACCUUUGCAAAUCACUAGACAUCAGUCAAGCAAUGACUCUGUGGAAGAAAGCAUCUAUGACAACUUAUCCUGCUCUCCACGAAAACAAAGACGCCAAGACCAGCACUGUGAUGUCUCCCGUUCAGAACUUAGGUCCCCAUCCCCACCGCCACCCCCAGGCCGAACAACUUCUCUUCUCCUUAGACCGAGCUGUGACAGCUUGCCCAAAGCACAUAAAUCUGCAGGUCAGGCUCAAGCCUCUACUACUGGGAAGAUAACAUCUAGCACCGCCAAGUCACAAUCAAAUCAGUUUUCUUCGGUUUUACAACCUCAGCAAUCCAACACAACAAAAGACAAUCAUCAGAAAGCCCAACAAAUGGGUGCUGAAUGUAAACCAGUUAAAGAUGUCCCUGCUAAGGUCUACCACUCCCAUGCAUCCAAGAUUCCACCUGUACCAGUUCAAGAGUCACAAGCUUCAGAGUCAGUCCAGUUAUCUAUAGACAGAGCUGCCACAAGCCAUGAUGUAAAUGGAGCUCCCUCUCUAUUGCCAAGUCAGAACGUCUUACAACGAUCCCAUCAGAGCAUUAGUGAGCCAAAACUUUCAGAAGUCUUGCCUCAGGUAUAUUCUAAUGUUUACUACCACGGAAUUCCUAAUAAUCCACCCUCAAGAGCUGUGAAAUUGGCUCUUCCUGUAAAUGCUAAAUCUCACGAGGCAAUUUCUGGACAGGAAACCAGUACCUUUCUAGUCUUUGGAAGACAGAACAAAGAUGAUAUAAGUGCUACUACAAAAAGUGUCCAUACCUUUCAGACUUUUACAUGUGAUCCUCAGAUGACACACGAAUGUGGUGCUCAUGACAAAGCCCGCAAAAAGAUUGAGACCCGCUGUAACUCACUGGAUUCUGAACCCACAAUUCAACCUGUUGCAUCGGACAGCGGUGUGAUGUUAGAUUGGGGAUUUGAUGAGGAAGGUUGGCUAUUCAAACGGUCUGUGUCUGUGUCAACCAGACCUCCCCUUAAGCCAAUAAUGGGCAUGAAUGGGGCCAAGGCUCGUAGUCAGAGUUUUGGUGCACGCUACAUGGACAGACCAAGCUUCAACAGAUCUGGAAAGGUCCGUACCCAGAUCAAAACACACUCAGGGAGCUCCUUGAAUUCUCUAAGUGACGUCCUUCCAGGAAGUAUGAGUUGCUCCAGUAGCUACCAUUGCCCAAUGAAUCGAUCCCUUUUGAACAACUUUUUGAUUGAAGAGGGCCUGACAGUUCCCUCACAUUUGGGGUCCUCCAGCGAAAGACUUCAGAGUCUUAAACAACAACGAGAGCAGGCUAGGCGCCUCCAGAUUGAGCAACAGUUUUCAAGCGCAUUUGGUGAGCCAGUUUCUGAAGAACCAGAGAGACAAAGUACCAUAACCACUAUCGAAGAGAAAGUGAUGCUCGGCAUAGAGGAGAACUUGCACAAGACUCAGGAACAGGAGAGAAGCAAUGAGGUGAAGCAAAAAUCUGGUUCAACUUUGGCAAACUGGUUUGGUUUUCGUAAGAGUAAGCUUCCUGCUCCGAGCAGCAAAAAGACUGACCCAACAAAAGCAAAAGAGGAAAAGAGGGAGCAGAAGAUUACAUCACUUCUUGGAGGAAAGCAGACAAAGUCUGACAAAAAGAGAGACAGAAGAAAAAGUGAUGGAAAAGAUUGUUCUGUGGGGAGAAGAGAAUCUCAUGAUGCAGUGCGAGCAUGCAUCUCAAUGCCCUGCCCAGGAAUGUCCCUAAAUGAGAUACAAGGACAUGCAGACAUCACUGGGGACCCGAAGAUGCAGAUGAUGAACCUGAGAGCCGAUGGUGAAAAUGGAUCCACAGUGAAGAGUCCCAGCCAGGAUGCUGUUAUAGGCUUUGGCUGCAAGAUGCGAACGUUGGACAGUGGAAUCGGGACCAUCCCCCUUCCUGAAUCCUGUUCCUUCUUCUCCUCCAUCCUGCACCUUCUCCCCAAAUCCACAUCAACCCCGGAACAGUCCCUCAGUCCUCCCAGUGUCCCUGGUUCCUCCAGCGAGGAGGUAUCUCCUUCCCCAUUACCCCGUUGGAGAAUACCCUCCAGCUUUAAGGACAGCAGCCAUGCAGGGGUGCCAAACUCCCUGUCCGACUCCUCCAUGACCCAUGUCCAGUCAGUGCCUUUCCCCACUGUGGCCUUCCUCCAGCCCAUCCAACCCCAGUCUCAACCCAUUGUGACCUCUGCCAGUGUGUGUGAUACCCCGAGCAGGCUACCCAGACCACCACAAGGUGGAUUGGAACCAAAGAAGUUGACCUAUAUCAAAUCGAAAACAAGAGCCACUACGAGCCAACAGAAAGAGCAGACAAGACUUCAGCUUGCCAACUAGUUUCUGAAGCCGAAUGGAUCAAGCUGAAGCAAGGAAUUGGGCAAUCAGUUGGAUUUAUCACCCUAACACACACAUGGUUGAUCUCUAAAUCCCACAGUUUGCACACAGUUUGACUCUGUGAAUCCGGAUGGAGCGCUUAGAACUGGAAAGCGAGUGAGCUUGGCACUGUAGGCUUCCACCUGUGCUCAGUGUGGUGUUGAGAUACUGAGAAGCCUUUCAGGUGUUGUCGUGAACCUUCUGGCAGCCAUUUUGGAGGUCUGCAGCUCACUGGCAUCAGCUGUGAGCCGCUGGUUGAAUUUCUACAUAUAAAACUCUGCUGCCUCACAGGACUGGAGUUAAUCCCACAAAUGUUUUUGUCUUUUACUAGUUUUUCAACUACGUGAACCAGCCUUUCUGUAGCUUUGUCAUUCGGCACAGUCACGUAGUCUACACUGGGUUUGUCUUACUGUGUGGCUAUACAACCAAAAAAAUAAGAAAAUCAAAUCAAAAUACUGAUUAAUGCGGGUAUAAACAUUUAAAUAUCUCCACCAGACCUCCAUAAUGGCGCCGGCUGUGGUCGCUUUUAGAGACUGAAAGACUAAAAUGUCAUGUAGCCACAUUCAUUUGCAUUUCCAGACACCUUUAAUAAAUGUUUAUGUGUUGAGCUAACUCUGCUUUCAAUAUACUGAAGCUCUAAAUGAGAAUUAUUAUGUCAGUAAUAUAUUUUUGAGCAAAUCAUCAGGGGGGAACCUCAUAAACACAAGAUUCCACCCUUAUGUACAGCACUAACUACUGAUCGCCAUUCACGAGCUCUAUACCUGACUGAGUAAUGUGAUUCUUCAAAGUGUGCACUAUCUUCUUGGAAACUUUUUAUUAUUAUUAUUGUCACAAUGUUAAUAUCAACGUGCAUGCAGCCACCUUUUCUAACCCCAGAAAUGCAUCGUAUGAAACUGAUGUCCGACAUGUGAAGAGUUUCAUCACAGGAGGUGACAAAGUAUUAAUUAAAAUUACUUAAGUGCAUCACCCCCAGUGAGCCUGACUUUAAAUCGUUUAAAAUAGGUGUCACAUUUUAAAAAACUGUGAUUAUCUUGUCAUGAAACUCUUCUUAUGUUAGCAGCAUUUUAUACAUGUUUCCACGGCGAUGACAUCAAGACAACGCAGUGAGUUUUGCAUGUAAGCUUAGUUCAGAAGCAGGUGCUGUAGUGGGCACAUUGUGGACAUUGUUGUGCUAGCUCAGGGAAAAUAACAUUUAUUGUCUCUGAUAGAUGCUGUGGAUUUAAUAAGUAAACAUCAACUUUAAAAUGUACAAGCAACAGAUUUCACUGUAAUGGUUUAAAGGGACAGUUCACCCCAAAAUCAAACAUACAUAAUUAUUGUUAUUAUUAUUAUUGUUAUUUUUCUGUCUACCAAACUACAAUGCGUUACUCACUGACUGUACAUAAAGAUGGACAACAUAACAGCCCCCCAGAAGUGAAACCAAAACAUCUGGAUCGCCCCCUGGUGGAUGGCUGCAGUACACGUCAUCCCCCUUCAUAUUAGUAGAUAGGACAUGGACCGAAUUAUAAACUCAAAGUACAUGUGAAAUAAAUUUUUCCCAACGAUGUCUUCCAUCAUUUUAGGUAGUUAUCACACUGAUGUAUGUUCAAGUGUUUUUCUGGUACGUUUGGUUGUAUUUAGUUAUUUGAAGGGGGGUGAAACGCCAUCAUUGACAGCUGAGCUGCUCCUGAUUGGGUGAGAUGGGCAAGAACUCCAUACUGCAGCUCUACUAUCCAAUCAGUACUGCACAGAAUCUGUCUUCAAAUGACAUCACCAAGACAAGAUGGCAGCACCCAUAUCCCAAAUAUUUUGGCUUUGCUUUUGUACAGUGGGAGGAAGUGGAGACACAUCGCCUGUCUUUAUACAUGUCAGUGGUAUCACCGCACAGAAGAGCCCUGUGCUUGUCAUGUGUAAACAGUAAUGGCAUCCUCAUUGGCUGAAAUGUUAGCUAGCUUAGUUAGUUCGCCUCUCAUCCGUCAGUAGACGUACAUGGUGGUGUGUAAACAAACAAUGGGUCCCCACAGGGUCUGCAGAUACCUUGGCUGAAGUGCUGUCUUAUUCCAUUAUAUUCAAGUGAAGGCAGCCAGUAUUGCCAAAGCUAUGGCUAAACAGUACUACAGGUAAGAGGAAAAGUAUGUGUUUCUGAUUUUGAGGUGAACUGUCCCUUUAAGAUUAUUAUCUGAACUUGACAUUUUCCUUGUCAGUUUUUGUCUGUACAUUUAAAUGUGAGAUAUCUCACCAUGGUUGCUUGCUUUCUCGCUCUCUUCUCUCUCUCUCUCUCUCUCUACUAUGUAUGCUGUGUCCUUUAUAGUAAUGUUUUUGGUGUUUUGAAUGCAUCUCAACAUAUUUGAUGGUUUUAGCUGCUUUGCGAUGUCCCCCCCCUCCACCACCCCCUCACACCUCUGUCAGCUCCCUCACCCUUCAUGUGUAGAUAUUUGCCAAAAUGCAUAUUGCCAAACUCUGAGCUAAUCACAUAUACAGAAAAUGAAUGCAACUAAAUCUACAUAUCAAACUUGUUAUGGUGACUAUAGCCAUAUUCUUUUGAAACACUUUAGAGACAGCUUAAUGUGUCAUAGAAGUAUGGAGCACUGUCAUGUCGCACAAUAUCAUUAGUCAUGUCAUCUUACUGUAUUUACCUCUUCUUUAAGUCUUUACUCACUUGCUACGUGCAUAUAUUGAAGUUAGCAUCUAAAUUAAAGUGGAGGUCAUGCCGGUAGCAACACACAGGUUUAAUAAAUGAAAUAUGUAGCGUACACGGACGAGACGAGGUGUUAAUGGAUCAGGGAACAGGUCGGCAGGACUGAUACGGGUAGAUGGAGCAUGGCGUCUGUUUUUAAAACGACUCGUGAUGAAGAGCGUCACUCUUCAGAGUAUUGUAUUUUUUUAACAUUUACUCUAAUGCCCUGUAUUUGUACUCAGCACCAUUUACUGCACAUAUUGUUACUCACUACUGCAGUUAUCCUCUAAAUGUUUUUUUUUUUCCAGUACCCAAUAAUAACAGUGAUGUUCUCGUGUGACAGUCACCUUAGCAGUACAAAUUGAGAAAUGUAUAUUGCUGAUAUUCUUUGUCUUAUGUAAAAAAAAGAAAGAAAAAAAUAAACUAUUUCAAUACUU